AUGCGUCUCCUACUUCUCUUUUUCCUUCCCGCCGUCUUCGGAUUCGAUUCCACGUUCAACUAUGGAUGCCAGGGUGGAAAGUGCACUUUCCAACUUGUGGUUCCUAAAGUAAACUCCAAACUUGGAAAAGUGAUGGGAUUUGGAACGUUUGCAGGAAGUCGCCCAGUACAUCGAUCAGAAUGCUUUGGCGUCGGAAGUGUCAAAGAUAGGAAACAGUCUUCAGGUCUUGAACGACACUAUUAGCAAGUUUGGAGAUGAUGCGAACACGUCUGAGUUCACGACGGUAGGAAGAAGGGCUUUCUGUCCACAUCCGCAAAGUUCAGAACUUCAAUGGCAACUAUUCAAUUGUCAACGACGCCGCCCAGAAUUUGAACAGCAAUGUGCAAGCAACAGCUGACAACUCCACUAGUCUGUGAUUCUGCUUUAAGUCAAACCACAACAGUUUUGAAUUCCAGCCCUCUCUGCCGACGCUCAAAAUGGCAACUACACCGCCCAUCUUCUUUACGACGCCAUCGCUUGCUUCAAGAACACGACGGCCUUCAGCUACACGUGCUUCACCCGCCCGACCACCAUCGCCCCUCCAACUACCACUCCCUCUGCUGAAAUCACUUCCACUGUGAACCCGGCCACCGACGGAGAAAGCACUGUUUCCCAGGGAUCUCCGGGAACUCAGCCAUCCACUGUUGAGUUCACUGGAACAACCGUCGAGUUCACCGGGACCACUGUGACCGCUGGACCCAAGGAACCACCGCCGCCGGAGGAUCGUCUGCUUCUCCAGUCAGCGGAGCCACGGGCACUUCCGUUCCGUCCACUUCUGCCGGUCCGGCAGUGUCCACUGACGCUUCAGCAGCUACUAGCACUCAAGCUGCUGGGUCUACCAGCACCGUCUCUGGUGAUACUCAAUAGGAAGUCGUAG